CUCACUGAUGGCCACAGGCUGCAAACACCAGGACACCAACAGUUAGUAGCCUUGAAACACACACAUCUGGGACCCUUCAUCUACUCUAUGGCAUCCUUGGAGGAAGAGCUGACCUGCUCUGUGUGCCGAGACUUCUUCAGCCAAGCUCACCCCCUGCCCUGUGGUCACAGCUUCUGCUCACCCUGCAUCCGUGAGGCCUGGGGCAGCCAGCGUGAGGGCAAAAGUCGCUUUACAUGCCCCCAGUGUCAGGAGGAGCACGGCGAAGUGCUAUGUGACUGCUGUCCUCCCAAGACUGCAGAGGGACAGCCACCAUUGGCUGUCAAGACCUGCCUGAGAUGUGAAGUGUCGCUGUGUGCCGAACACCUCCAACCCCAUCUGGAGAGACCGGCGUUUAGCACCCACCUGUUGGUGGAUCCGCUGGGGGACCUCUCCCAGAGAAGGUGCCCGAUGCACACAGAGAUAUUGCGUUACUACUGUGCCGAUGAGAGGAUUUACGUGUGUGGUGACUGUCUGCUGGGGGGAGGCCAUGCUCAGCACAAAGUGAAGGCGCUGAGACAGGUGGAAGAGGAUCUGAAGUUCAUUCUCCAGACCCUGUUCAGAAAAGCUGAGGAGAAGCUGAAAGAUGGAGAGCGAAUCCUCAAAGAGCAUGAAAAUAUUGAUUCCACUAUCGCGGACUCUCUGAAGCAGGAUCACACCCAGGUGGAGCGGCUGGGGUCUGACCUGGAGGUCCAGGUGAAGAAGCUGGUGGUCGCUCUGAGGGAGAUAACCAAGAGGGAGAGACAGCAGGUUUUAGAGCGUAUGCAUGAAGACUGCUCCAAGGUGAGAGAGGACAUGAGCCAGACACUCAGCGUCCAGCACUACUUGGCCUCGCUGCUGGCAGAGACGGACCCCUUCCUGCUCAUCUGGGCCUUUCAAUCAGAUGACACAAAGUUACUAGCAGACCUGAACAGCCCGCUUUUCAUCCCUGACGCCGUCACUCUGGACAGGAAACACAUCUUGGAGGACAUAGAGAGCAAGUAUAGAGAGUUCAUCACCGCCACCCUCCGCUGCCUCAGCGAACUCAAGAGGGAGCUCUUAACCAGUCCCUUGACUCUGGACACUAACACGGCCCACCCUCUGUUGAGCAUCUCUGAUGACCUUCGCUCAGUGAUGCGGGUUAAAAGCCGCUUGCCCUGCGCUGCUCACCCCGAGCGUUUCGACCACUGGCCGCAGGUCCUUGCCACCCAGACCCUCUCCUCUGGGACCCACUACUGGGAGCUAGAGGCUGAGGGAUUCUGGGAUAUUGGCAUCUGCUAUAGAAGUAUUGGACGGAAGGGGAAAGAGGGCAAUGCCUUUGGUAACAACAAGGUAUCAUGGAGCUUGACACAGCAGCAUGACAGGAAGCUGGCUGCCUGGCACAACCGCAGGAAGACCCGUCUCACCAACCAAAUGACUGGCAACCGUGUUGCCGUUGCUCUGGACUACGGUGCAGGCACCAUCACCUUCUCCGAGGUGGGACCAUCUAGUAACCUGACCCACCUCCACACUUUCUCGACUGCGUUCACUCAGCCAGUGUGCUUGGGCUUUGGACUCUACAAAGCUGAGCUCAACAGCCGUAUCUCUAUUGUCAAAGUCUGAAAAUAACACUUAAAGGCAAUGGCCAGGUUCAACUUAGACAAAGGCAUGGCAAUUCAAAGUGGCAUUGAUUUAUUUUCACACAUCUGGAACCGCACAACCCUGGGAUGAAACCUUCACCAUGAGCCUCUCUGGUGUUUCGCUCCCCUCAGAUCUCAGGCUGAGCUCAACUUCUUCCUCAUUAAAGAGACAAAACCAUGUCUCCUAAAACUGUGACCAGGUGAUAUUCACAAGGAAAUUAUUUCCAGCAGGAAAAAGUGAGCAGAGAGGAUAUGAGUGGAUCCUAGCUGGACAGCAAAUAAGGAGGCUCCUUUGAAAAAGGACAGAAAGAGGUUUUGUACAACAUUGAAAGAUUCUUAUGUGCUUUUCAUUCCACUGAGAAAAGAAACGCAGUGAAACAGCACAAUAAAGUUAAAGAAGGUUGUAAAUGUUGGUACCUUUUUAUCAGAUGUUUUUUUAAA